AUGUACGACAUGAUAUUGCAGCAAAAGAAAGUGUUGGAAGACAAAAUAAAUGAUGUUGUCAAGAAAUAUCCUGAGAAUCAGUUGGUCAAAGAAUGGAAAAACAAAUUAAAUGAUUUGUUUAGUGAAGUUUCCGCAUCAGAGGAACCAGAACAAUCUCAAUGGUGGUAUGAUUACGAGGCUGAAACUGAACGUACGCUAAUUCUAGCUACAACUCACAAACAGUUUGACAACUCCCCGAUAGAAAAAUGUAGUAUUCAAAUGUCACAGGAAUAUGCAGACUUCGCGAAUAGAUCUGGAAGAAAAUCUUUUAAGAAUAAACCACCAUCUAAAACGGAAAUGCCAAUUCCUUUUUCUGUAGUACCAUUCAACAAUGAUGAACAUUGUGUUAGUAGAAGAGGGUACAGGCCUCACAUGAAAUCCGAAUAUCUGAAAUCUCCUUACAUUAUACGGCCUGUUGAUAUCAUCAAAGGAGUUCCAAGGCAGGAAAAACGUGUAGCAGAAUGCAUAUUCUCACUCCAAGGAGAGCCAAAUGAUAUAGUUUUCCACACUUUGGAUGGGUUUUCUGCUCAGAGGUUUCACAUGGAAUGUUUUUUUCCAACAUGUGAACGAUUUGGCCAUGUCAUUGAUUGUUGGAGUCAAGUGUUGAAUCUUGAUGAAAGUAAACGUGCACCUGAAUCGCCUCUCAGAGUUUAUUGCAAGACAGAUGUGACAAAAGAGUACAUAGUUGAUUACUUAAAAUCUCAGAAUCAUCCAAAAGCUGAGAUGUUUUCACAUGUGAUGCCACAUAGACUGGAAAUGCCUUGGAGAACAAUAAACAACAACAUUGAUUGUGGUGUGUUUACGAUGCGUCACAUGGAAACAUAUAUGGGUGGAAGUAUGAAUGAGUUUAAAGUUGGGUUCAAGAACGAGUCUUCUGCACAAGAUGAUCAACUUGUUAAACUGAGGACAAAGUAUUUAUACAAAAUCAUCACUCAUGAAUAUAAUGUGCAAAAGGAUUAUGUGCUGCAAAAGGUUGAUGAAUUCCACAAGAUUCCUUCAAGACAACGUUCUCAAUUGUUGGCCAUUGCAAAGGAAGAAAUUUACAGGAGAUUGGAUGAUUUAAGUGAAUUAUGUUAA